GCCUCCACCCCGGGUGAGGGCGGUGGAGCGCAGGGAGCGUGCGCAGGGCCCGCCCUGGGGGCGCGGGCGGAGGUGAGAAGGAGGGGUGAGCGCAGCGGCCAGUCCGCAGAAGCCGGGAGCCGCGCUGGAGGACGGAGCGUCAGCUGCGAUCUCAGCGGAACCGGUCUGAUUUACACCCACGGUGACCAGCACUCACUCAGGACUUUGUGGAUCCAGACCCAGGGCUCCAGCGAACCCGGACCCCUCCCAAGAAGGAGAUCGUAAUUUCGGAUUCCCUGGUGGAGGAAAACAAAACACUCUGGUCUUGCUUCCAAUGAUGCAAGUGUGAUUGUCGGCGUCUUCAUGGGCUCCAGAGGUCACAGCACGCUGCCGCGGACUCUCAUGGCCCCUCGGAUGAUUUCUGAGGGAGACAUAGGAGGCAUUGCUCAGAUCACCUCCUCUCUCUUCCUGGGCAGAGGCAGCGUGGCCUCCAACCGGCAUCUCCUCCAGGCUCGUGGCAUCACCUGCAUUGUUAAUGCUACCAUUGAGAUCCCCAAUUUCAACUGGCCCCAAUUUGAAUAUGUUAAAGUGCCUCUGGCUGACAUGCCUCAUGCCCCCAUCGGACUGUACUUUGACACCGUGGCCGACAAGAUCCACAGUGUGAGCAGGAAGCAUGGGGCCACCCUGGUGCACUGUGCGGCAGGGGUGAGCCGCUCGGCCACCCUCUGCAUUGCGUACCUGAUGAAAUUCCAUAGUGUGUGCCUGCUGGAGGCAUACAACUGGGUGAAAGCCCGGAGGCCUGUCAUCAGGCCCAACGUAGGCUUUUGGAGGCAGCUGAUAGACUACGAGCGCCAGCUCUUCGGGAAGUCGACGGUUAAAAUGGUACAGACACCUUAUGGCAUAGUUCCAGACGUUUAUGAGAAAGAGUCCCGACACCUGAUGCCUUACUGGGGGAUUUAAUGCCACCAAAGUCUGCAUCAGCAGCCCCUUGGGCAGGACCAGCAUCUGCUACACACCGUUUGCUCCCCUCUUCACCUUUCUCUUCAAAUGGUUGACUUUCGGUUCUCCCUGAAGUGUUUUUUACACUGGGUGUUCGUUUAUUUUCAUGGGUAUGGAGGAGGGGGGAACGUAAGGGGAAUGCGUACACUGCUAGUAACAUUUUUAAAACUAACAUUUUGGAAUAGUGUUUAUGAAAAUCUUUAACUGGCUUUUACUUUUUAAUAAUUUGAACAGUUUAAUGAACUGUUUGGUUCCCCUCCAUUUUGAAUCCCAUGCCUUCUGGCAUCACAACAGGUGCAGGAGGAGCUCAGUGCAAAAAUCACCUUGGGUCCUGGUUAACCCUCUAGAGACGAGCUCUGCCUACGGCUGCUGACCACCCAAGUGCUUAGAGAAGAUGGAUACCAGCUUCCGUCUCUGUUGGAUUAGCCCUACUCUUUUCUUCCCCUUUAUUAUUUAGUAACUUUGUAAGUCAAAAAAAAACCCAAACAAAACAAACCAGACUAACAAUUAUUUAGCUGUUAAGUAAUUAUAAUGAAAUCUGCUGCAAACA